AUGAAACGUAAUCAAGAAGAAUGGUUAUCUGCCGCAAAAGAGAUUGCAAGCUGCGUUGGCGUAAACGUACACGAAUUGCUAUCAAGAACAACGCCACUGCUAGACCUAUGUCCGGUGCCAGUUCGCCCGGCAGUAGAAGUUCUAUUGUCAUGCUUUGAUAUGAUUACUGAAGUUCAAGAUCAGUUCGGACAAUCACUUAGACUGAUUGAAAGAUCCGCAAAGCUGCUCAAAGGCAUUCGAGGUCAAACGGUUGGACUGGAUGAUUUGAUGUUACCUACAAGACUAUCAAUAAGCAUUUAUAGAUUUGAGAAGCUGCUGAUAGAUAUACAACAAUUCAUACAGUCUCAAAUAAAGCGUGGUUGGUUCAAAAGAUUCCUGUUUCGGCACAAACUGAGGGCACACCUGGAUGAUUUCGAUUUGGCGAUAGAUGAUGUAGCUCAGGAGUUUGAAAUUCUCUCACAUUUAUCAAUACAUAAAAGGCUCACUGAGGAAAAAUUUGACCGAAUUCAAGACAACUCGCAAAUAAGAUCGAUGAUGAGCGAUGCUCUAGAUAACGAUGAGGAAUUGUUAGAGCAGCUGCAGCUACAGCGGUCAAGCAUCCAGUCUCUCGAGCAAGCUUUAGACAAGCAUAUCGCCACCAAGAGUAAGGACGAGGAGGUUGAUAAGAUGACUCGACGGAACAAACCCGGGAAUGUCUUGCCAGACGUAGGCAGACUUUCAACGUUGUUUAAGCCAAUUUCAUCCAAUAGUGUUUCUCACGAUAACACAUACCUGUCAUCUCUGCUGAAAAGGGUUAUACGCACGCCGGGAGGCUUUAAAUAG